AUGCGCCGAUCAAGGUGGCUGGGUAUUGCCUCCUUUGGUGUCCCAGAGAAAUUGGGUUGUGGUUCCCUGCCGCUGAAUGGUCACCAAAAGGACCUGUGCAAGAAGAAGCCCUACCUCCUGCACAGCAUCCGAGAAGGAGCACGCUUGGGCAUCCGAGAAUGCCAGAGCCAAUUCAGACAUGAGCGGUGGAACUGUCUACUCUCUCCGGAUACAGUGCCUGCACUUUCCACUAAUCUUUCAUCCAUCUCCGCCUCUCCUGCUUUCUCCAUCUUUGGCUAUGAGUUGAGCAGCGGUACCAAAGAAACAGCAUUUAUCUAUGCCGUGAUGGCAGCUGGCCUAGUGCAUUCAGUGACACAUUUAUGCAGCACAGGGAACCUGACCGACUGCGCUUGUGAUUCCAUAUUACAAAACAGUGGCUCAGCCCGAGAAGGCUGGCACUGGGGUGGAUGUUCUGAUGAUAUCCAGUAUGGAAUGUGGUUGAGCAGAAAGUUCUUAGAUGGUCAAACAAAAAACAUCUCCAGAAAAGAUAGAAAUGGAUUAAUGGUCAUGAAUCUGCAUAAUAAUGAAGCAGGAAGGCUGGCAGUAGCAAAACUGAUGUCCAUCGACUGCCGCUGUCACGGCGUAUCUGGUUCUUGUGCUCUGAAAACUUGCUGGAGAACCAUGUCAUCCUUUGCAAAAGUUGGCAGUUUUUUAAAAGAAAAGUAUGAGAACAGUAUCCAGAUAUCUGACAGACUAAGGCGAAAAAUACGCAGGAAAGAAAAAAGCCAGCAGAGCAUCCCCAUCCAGAGAGAAGACUUGCUCUACAUCAACAGAUCCCCCAACUACUGCACGGAAGAUCACAAACUGGGGGUCUCUGGAACACGAGGGCGGGAAUGCAACCGCACAUCAGCCGGACCGGAUGGAUGCAACCUCCUCUGCUGUGGCCGUGGAUAUAACACACAGGUGGUCAGGCACGUGGAGAGGUGUGAGUGCAAAUUUGUUUGGUGUUGCUACGUACGCUGCAGAAGAUGUGAGACUAUGACUGACGUUCACACUUGCAAAUGAAAGUAAUUGCCUCAAAUACCUUUCCUGGCUCAAGCGAAAGAAAAAUGAACAUUUCCUCCGGAGUCCAAGGUUGGAAGCUUUUUGUUUUGGUGGAAAAAGCAACUUGGAAGACAUGGCAACAAAUCAACUGGGAACUUGUAUUUCAUGAGGAAUUGGCAUACUUGGAUGAUGCGUUUGUGUAGUUCAGUCCACAGUGGCUGUGGCUUUUCAGUAUUUCAGUCACAUGCAGUGCUUUUGUGAAUUUAAUGGCUAAGCAAAUCAGACUAGCUUAGGUUUAACAUUCAGAAGUUAAUAUCCCCUUUCAGGCGUCUUGCUCUCCUAUAUUGAGAACAUUCUGUU